AUGGAAGGCUUCGGCCGCGAAAUCAAUUUCCCUCAGAGUCCCUCGGGCGACCCCUUUGGAAUCGGAUACGACGCGUUCAAGUGCGAGUUUCCCGGCUGCAACGCCCGUUACCGGCGCAAGGAACAUCUCCACCGCCAUGAGGAGUCGAAACACGUGCAGCAGCAGAAGACGUUUGUCUGUUCUAUUUGUGGUCGUGAGUUCGGGCGAAGUGAUACGCUUCGACGCCAUGCGCAAAGGCAGCAUAACAUAAUCGAACCUCUAAAUCGUGCACGGCGAGCCUGCGCCAGUUGCCAGGCAGGGAAGACUCGUUGUCAAGGAGGCGUGCCAUGUGAUGAGUGUCUUCGUCGCAAUAUCCCAUGUUCUCUCCAAGACCAGCAUGCUAGUCCUACUAGACAACAAGACCAACAAGCGCAAUAUCUCGGAUCUCUGAAUCCCCGCGCUUUGUCGUCUCCAGACCACGAACGAACACCGGGGCAGUCAUAUUGCUGGGAGCGGAGGCAGCAGUGCAUCGAUACGUAUUUCGAGACAUUCCACCCGCGCUGGCCCUUCAUCCACAAAGCGACAUUCAACAUACACCGCGAAAAACCCUUGCUUCUAGAAGCAAUGGUUGCCAUCGGCCUGUGGGUGUCGGGCGAACAGUCUGCGCGGUGUGCAGCAGCUGAGCUCCAUGAGAAACUCGACCUUGCUAUUCGAGAUCAGAGGGAGAAGUGGGAUGCCUCUGAUGUAGAGGGUGCGUGCAGUCAGUGCAUGUGGCCAAUCCCAACAUACCAGGCUAUCCUAUUACACAUCAUGUUCUCUGUUCUCAUGAGAACCGAUGGUCACGGUGCCAUCACCCUCGACCUUAAAGUCUCGAUUUCCACUGCUGAUCUGCAGUUACUCCAAUCACUUAUCGGCAGCUGCCAAAGACUAGGCAUGUUCUACUACCCGAACAUCCUCGCCAAAUACAAUGAAGGCGACCUAGCCUCAUUCGUCUGGGUGGGAAUCGAGGAAGUCAAACGAUUCAAUGUAGCCCUGUACAAGUUUUGUGCGAGCCUAAGUACCCCCAGCUCUGAUGGUCCGGGAUACUGGCCAUUGCUGCCGGCCAGCCAGCUCCAGUUUCCUUUACCCACCAAUACGCCCCUGUGGAAUGCGGUUGGGAAGGAUGAGUGGGAGGCGAAUGCGCCGGACGAGAAUGAGUUUUGUGUGGCCGGGGCCGAUGACUCCCGGCCACUGUGGAUAUCGAACUUUGCGGGGGUGUUAGAUUCCCUCGGUUUGGGAAUGUGAACACAAGCUACGGAUACUCGUGAAUUUAAUCGGGCGCUGGUGUGGCGAAUGGAAUCCUGGCGGGGAUACGUAUACUGCACUCAUCAGUCGUGGGCGUCAACUGUAUAAACUCCAGUGGCAUCGCUGUGCUGUCUCGGGUAUUGCAUCUCUUGAGACAGAGGCGCACUUAACACGAUAUAGUCUUGAUUCGUGAACUAAUUUAGGUAGGGAACCUUUCUCAGCAUAUAGUUCUGUCCUCCAGAGGGUGCCUAUAAUCUUGUCUUUAGGCAAAGUAUGUAGCUAAAUUCCUCAGCAGGUCUUCAGACUCGACUGGCUUUGCAUCUCUAUUACGAGCUCGAAUUCUGCACUCCAGGAAGAUAAUCAAAGGGAAUAGACAAAGCAACUGUCCCAAGCUAAGGGAAAAGACUUGGCUCCGUAAAAGUCUAGUUGGAUCUAAUACGGGAACGUGGUAUGCCAUGGCCGGAACUCAUGCCGUAAUAUACAUGCAUCUUAGUGAAAGGUCCUAUUUCAGAAACAUGUAUAUAACCGCGCGCGCUCCGGAUUCCCGAGUUAUGCAUGCAAGAAGCGGGGGCUUAUUAUAGAUAUCCUGGCAACAGCAAGUGUUCUGGAA